GCGGGGGUCAAGGACGCGGGGAGAAAUGUGGUUGCCGGAUAGCCUGCUGGUUCUGGUCCUGGGUCUCGGAUUCAUCCUGCCGCUGGUGGCGGCUGGACCCCUCUCCGGCCAGGGACACGGUGAUGUGGGAUGUAAUGAGAAUGAAUUUCUGUGUCUGAAUGGACAUUGUGUUUCUGCGGCAAUGAUGUGUAAUGGAAUUGAUGACUGCAAAGAUCAGAGUGAUGAACGAAACUGUUCUGCAGCAGAAUGUGGACCUCAUGAGUUCCAGUGCAGCAACUCCGCUGUCUGCAUUUCCAGACACCAGCUCUGUGAUGGAAGCCAGGACUGUGCAUCAGGGAUUGAUGAAUCUGAUCACCUUUGUGAGAAAAGACAACCUGGAAACUGUGGGGAGCUGGAGUUCCUGUGUGGUUCGGGCCAGUGCAUAGAGCUUCAGUCAGCUUGUGACAACUUUCCUGAUUGCAGUGACGGUAGUGAUGAGGUCAAUUGCAAUCGGAAUGAGUGUUUGGAAGCAAAUGGAAAGUGUUCUGAUUAUUGCUGGGACCUGCCUUUAGGUUAUGAAUGUGCUUGUCCAACUGGAUUGGAGCUGAUAAAUCAUUUCAUUUGUGAAGAUGUGGAUGAUUGUAGAAACUCGAAUUUGUGUGACCAAAUUUGUGUUAACCUGCAUGGCUCGUACACAUGUGAGUGUUACCAAGGAUAUCAGAAGAAUCCACAUACUGGCACUUGCCAAGCUACAGGAGAGGAGCCAUUCAUGAUUGUCACAAAUCAUGGUGACAUCAAGAGGAUAAACAUGAAUAGAAUGGAAUACUUGAAGAUAGCUGACAGUUUGGACAACGCAAGAGCAUUAAGUGUGGAUAUCUCCUCAUCAACAAUCUUCUGGUCAGAUGAAAUGCAUUGUGGAAUUUUCAGGAAAUCAGUAAAUCAAAACAGAAGAGACAUCAGACAGAUUUUGGGAGAUGUUCAGAGUCCUGGUGGAAUCGCUGUGGACUGGAUCUACAGACACAUCUACUGGACUGACCCUGGAGCCAAGACCUUAUCUCUUGCUACUCUGGAUGGAGUGAACAGGAAGACACUAUUCAGUAAGAAUCUAAUGGGACCUGCAGCUAUAGCGGUCGACCCAGAAUCGGGGUUUUUAUAUUGGGCCGAUGUAGGAGAGCCACCAAAAAUUGAAAAGGCUGGGAUGAAUGGAGUUGGCAGAAGAAUACUGGUUAACAUUGGCAUUGAAAAACCUAUUGGGAUCGCAUUGGACUAUAUUAAGAAGCGCCUUUACUGGAUCGACUCUGGCCUCCAUGAGCUGUUUUACACUGAUCUGAAUGGACAACAUCAAAGUAGAGUCUUUCACUCUCAGAAGUACUUGGCAAAUCCGUAUGGGUUGGCAGUGUUUGAGGACCGUGCCUACUGGUCUGAUGUGGAGGGCAAGGCUGUGUACAGUGCCAACAAGUUUACAGGAGCUAAUGUGAAAGUUCUGGCACCAAAUCUCACCGAACCGCAAGGCUUAGUCGUGUUUCACAAACUGAUGCAACCAAUUGUGCAGAACUGGUGUGCUGGAGAACAUGCUGCCUGUGAAUACCUGUGUGUACCUGCACCUUACACAGACCAGCACUAUGCCUGUCUGUGCCCUGAUGAUAUGACAACUGAUGGAACUGAACGUACAUGUGGGAAAGAAACAAACACCAGCACUUCACCGCAGGAGCGAGCCGAUUCCAGCACUUCACCGCAGGAGCGAGCCGAUUCCAGCACUUCACCGCAGGAGCGAGCCGAUUCCAGCACUUCACCGCAGGAGCGAGCUAAUCAGAACCAUCUUGAUGCUGUAUCCGUAGGGAUUAUCGCUCUGAUAGUGGUGCUGAUCGGAAUCCUAAUGUGUUGUGCUGCCGUGCACUGGAGAAUGAUACUUGGGCAUGUCAAAACUUCACGCUGCUAUUCUCCUGUACACCUCAAUGCAGAGAACUCUAUCGGCAGUGGACAGAGAACCAUUUCUCAGCAAUCUUUGCUAUAAGAACAGAGAGGAACAGGUCUGACAUUUUCCAUUGGAAGUGCAGGAUUUCCAAUUGCAAAAGAGAUUCCUGUGGUCAGUGGCGUUGGUGAAAUGAUUGGGCAACCUUCUGAUCAGUUCAUGUUUAAUUUUAUUGCUCAGAGCAUCGGUAAAGUAUUUAUUUGUAAAGUUUGUGUACUGUUUGUGGGAAGUCUUGUUUUGAUGUGAAGGGAAUGUGUCCAAAAUAGGAUUCUAGCAAUAUUCCAAAAGUGUGCCCCAUCAGGAUCCUCACUGGCCAUUUAGUAUUACACUGGGACUAAGGCAGGAACUCUAAUUAAACACACAAACUCCAUUUGCCAGCAUACCAUGUUAACUUACUACAAACUGCAAGCAGAGAGAUUUGGAAUUUCUUGGACACAUUCCCAAAGUAUCAACUCCAUAAAAAUUCUAUACGGGUAUUGCUUAAAAUUGAAGCUGAUAUUUGCCAUAGAACUCAGGUGUGAACUAGACUUUCUUCAAUCAUUAAGGAAGUUGCCAUCUUUGGUUUAUAGACAUGAAACAGUGUUGUCCCCUUAUUUCCCUCUGACUAUGGCCAGUUCAAUAUGUAAUUCAGAGUGAGGUAUGCCUCCCUCACAUGGUUUCAUGGCUACAGAGAUUCUUGGUGAGGAUUGUGGUGGGUAUUGAUUGAAGUUACCCUCUGAAUAUCCUGGGACAGGUACAAGGUAAAACUUCUCAAAAGCUGGGAAAUUUGUUCAAAUAUAAAGCAGGUCGAAGAUUUAAAAAAACAUGACUGCUGCAUCCUUAUUGCUGUUGAUGAGCUUUCUGUUGUAAGUUCAAAAUGUUUUAAGUUGUGGAAAUGACCUCCACAUUGGCAGAGGAAUAUCUGAAGAAAUAUGUUUGUGGUAUUCCUUCCUCUGUACUAUCACCAACAGUUGUUGUAGCCUUCAGAUAUUUAUCUAGACAAGAAAUAUGUUAUCCUGUAACCUUGCUGGAAAUAUUUAAUAACUGUGAAUGCUACAAUCUUCAAUGUUCUAACAGUUUCUGAGAUUUAUUUAUGCUAAAACUUUUUUUUGCUUUAAUAUGAAAAUAAAUUUGAACUCAGUGCUUGAAGGUGACUGAAUUUCAAAACCAUGUAGGAAUUCAAUUCCCUAGCGUAAACAGAAUUAAUACUCUGUAUAAUCCGCAGGACAGGACCAAGAUCCUCAUGGUAUUGGCUGCAAAGGGCAGGUUCAGUCAACCCUGCCUUUUCAGAGGAAAUGUUGCAACAUCUGGCCAUUGCUGCGUAAAUGCAGGUCACAGUACAAACUUCAUGCUUCAGA